AUGGCUCGCCAGCUGACCAAACUCGGUUAUCUCGAUGUGAAGAAAACGUUAUUUAUGCUGUGCGACUUGCAGGACAAGUUUCGCCCCGGCAUGAAGAUGUUCGAUCCAGUGAUCAAAAACACUAGCAAACUGUUGCAAGCGGGCAAAAUACUGGACGUACCGCUGAUCGUCACCGAACACUAUCCGGAAAAGUUGGGCCGCAUCGUGAGUGAGCUGGACAUUUCGCACGCCAAGGGCGUAUACCCGAAGACGCUGUUCAGCAUGAUGAUACCGGAUGUGCAGCGCAAGAUCGAGGAACUGUACGGGGCGCAGGGUCCCGAGACGGUGGUACUGUUCGGGCUGGAAUCGCACAUCUGUCUCGAGCAAACGGCCAUGGAUUUGCUCAACAAGGGCUACACCGUGCAUGUGGCGGCCGAUUGUUCCGUUUCGCGCACGCAGGAGGACCGAAAGUUUGCGCUGGAGCGCCUGAAGCAGUACGGAUGCUUUGUGACGACGAGCGAAAACGUUAUCUUCAAGCUGAUGCGUGACAAGCAACACCCGGCCUUUGAUAAGGUGCGCCAUCUGGUGCGCGACCCAUCGGUCGAUACGGAGCUGGCUAAGCUGUAAUGUGUGGGACCGGUUCGGUUCGAGUGAUUGACAUGAUGAAAGGGCACCCUUUUUUAGGUGUAAGAGUAGGCACAGCACGGAACUAAUGGUUUGGGAUGCUAAAGUGAUAGAAGAAUUCAAAAUUCAUAGAGAUUUCGGUAGGGAUUUUUUACACAACGGAUGCAUUUAAACAAAGUUACAGUAAAGUAAAUGGUUAUUCAA